AUGGUAACAAAAAAUAAUCAAGGUUUUGUUGAUGAUCUGCUAAUCUUUCCUGCAGCUGAAAUGGCUUCUCUUAGUACAAUCAAGGUUGUUCUUGCCGAGUUUGAAGACCUUUCGGAGCUAAAGGUUAAUCCUGCUAAGAGCACAUUCUUUUAUAGUGGAGUUCAUGUGGAGGAAAAGAAGGAUUUGUUGGAAUUAUUGCAAAUGUCUGAGGGUGUUCUUCCAAUCAAGUACUCGGGGGUUCCUCUUAUCACUAAGAGGCUCUUGGCUGCUAAUUAUGAUUCCCUGAUUGCAAAAAUUUCGACUAGGAUGGACUCUUGGCUUAUAAGACAUUUGUCUUUUGCAGGGAGACUUAUAUUAAUCACUUCAGUCUUUGAUUCUAAAGCUAAGGCUAAGAUAGCUUGGGACAAAAAGCUUCUUAGGCUUAGGGAGGUGGCAAAGGAUUUCAUUUGGUUCAAACUCGGAGAUGGAAGUCAGAUCUUUUUGUGGUAUGAUCAUUGGCAUCCUGUUAGAUGCUUGAUUGACAAAUUUGGUUUUCGAGCUAUAUAUGAUGCAGGGAGUUGUCUAGGGGCUAGACUUUCUUCUACAAUUCGUAAUGGGGACCGGUUUUGGCCAUGUGCUAGAUCCGAUAAUAUUGUGAAGAUUCAAAUCAAUCUUCCCGAAAUUGAAAUCGAAGGUAUUGGUUUGCAUAUUUGGAAUUCCCGGAGUGGUGAUAUUAAAAGGUGUAGCUUUAGCAGGAGGAUAUGGAGGAACCUUAUGGCUUCUUGCUUGAUUUAUGACCUUGUGUGGAGUGGACAGAUGUUGCAAAGUGGAUUUGGAGAUCCUAAAACUCGUGUGUCAACUGGGCAAGUAGGAUCAGACACUGACGAAUCAUCCAGUAUACCGUCAGUGGAAAAGAAGGGUGCCCUGUUUGAGAUUGUAUAUAAAAGCCUUGAUGAGUCUGAUCAGGAAGUUUGA